AAAGAAAUGAGUUUAAAUCUUUUUUUUUUCUUUUUUUUUAAACCAGUCAUUAGGAAAGCCUUUAUUUGCUUAAGCGGGAAUCUAUUAAAAAUUACCCAGAUUUGUUACUUAUUAGUGUUGAUCGUCUUAAUAAUAGUAAUUUACAUUGACAUUUUUGGGAAUAAAUUAUAAUAAAUAAGCAGACAAAAAAAUGGUCUUGAU